GCCGGUACUGCGCUUUCGGGCCCCUGGUCUGGUCUCACAGCCUUCCUUCCUUUCUUCAUUCAUUCCUUCCGUUCUGUGCUGUCAUCGUCCGUAAAUCAACUUUCUCUCUGCUGCUGCUCCUGCUGCUGCGCGAUCUGUCUCUCAUCGAUUCCGUGCUCGUUCGUACUGUUAACCUGGUGCAGCACAAGGGUGCUGCUGCUGCUGCCUGUCGCAAUCCCGAUCCUGCUCCUCGUCUUGCGGGCGGACCUCGGGCUCGGGCUCCAUUUUUCUCUGCCCUCCCUCGACCCCGGGUCUUGUGUCGCACCGACGUCUGGUGCUUCUAUCCGCUUGGGAGAUUCUCGCUUUCCAAGACGCUGCGAGCCACAUGCGGCUUCAUUAGGUCAGGUUGUAUCCAAUUCGAGAGUUGGAGUUCUGCCCGUGCCCAUCUGUUGAGCUCCCUGGCGUAGGGUUCGUCCGUGCUCGCUUUUGUGUAUCGGAGCGAUUUGGCUUUUUUCGGUUGUUUUGUGUUCCGGAGAUUUGAGUCUGAUCGUUUCCUCGAGGCGAGGAAGAGAUCGGAGCACAGGGCGAUGGAUCAGUGAGGAAGGGCUGUGGAGUAGAGGCAUGUGUAUGAGCAGGCGAGAUCAGGAGGAACGGGCGGAGGAGCUGCAAGAAUCUUUUGGAGAGUUCGAAUUGUCUGACAUUGUACGAUUAGCAAGCGGAAAGAAAGGUACAGGGGAGGAUCUUUAGACAGGCGGGCAGGGAAUUUGCUGCGUCGAGAGGAUGAAGAUUACGGCCAUUCUCCUGCUGAGAGCUGUUCCGGGCGGAGGAGCCGAUCCUGUGGUUUUGGCAAAUGCGUCCGAUGUGAGUCAGUUUGGAUAUUUUCAGCGCUCUAGCGCGAAGGAGUUCAUUCUUUUCGUGGCGCGUACGAUCGCCAAUCGCACUCCUGGAGGUCAACGGCAGUCGGUACAACAAGAUGAGUACAUGGUGCACUGCUACAACAGGAAUGGUUUGUGUGCACUAGCAUUCACAGAUAAAGAAUACCCUAUGCGCGCUGCCUUCUCAGUUAUUAAUAAGGUCGUAGACGAGUAUCAGCAAACCUUUGGAAAUUCCUGGCAAGUGCGAACGGAUGAUAAUAAUGAAACGUGGCCCUACCUUGUGGAUGCUCUGCAAAAAUACCAGAACCCGACUGAAGCUGACAAGCUCUUGAAAAUACAGAAAGAUCUCGAUGAGACCAAAAUUAUUUUGCAUAAAACCAUCGACAGUGUGCUUGAACGAGGAGAGAAGUUAGAUACACUGGUGGAUAAGAGCACCGAUCUUAGUGCUGCGUCUCAGCUAUUUUACAAGCAAGCAAAGAAGGCAAACCAGUGUUGUUCGAUAUUGUGAAGUCUGCCGGAAGGCAGGAGUAGAUUUGUGGGGUUAGUGACUUUGAAUUGGUGCUGCGAAGGUAUGAGUCACGAAUUAGCUCAAGCAAAACUUCUGUUCAGAUUCUUGAUUCUUGUUACGAGCCAAGGCUAGAAUUUUUCCGAGUUGGGGCAUACAUUUACACCACAAGAAUCUCAGAGUAGUUCCAGAUCAUAGCGAUUUGUUACAAAGUGCUUGCAUGUGCGUAUGGGUCUAAUCUAUUCUCUUCUGUGAGAGUAGAAGAGCUUCUGCACUUCAGAAUCUCUUACUCUUGCUGAAGGGUCUUUGUACAGGACAUACCUGCAGCCAUUUGAACUACUCUCUCCUGGUAUUGAGAAUAAGUUUAGUUGUUAUCCUAUCCAAUUUGAAAUAGGAUGGUUUGUAAGAAACACGUUUACUAGAUUAUCACUGUCGAUAGCUUGGGUUCGGCUUCAUGUAUCGCGCUGCAGAGAAGCCGGUGGGUUGGGUGGAUGGAUGUUAUCCCUUCAGAGAGGUCGGUUUUUGUAUCUUUUUACUUCUCGUCCGUGUCCGUAUCUGUCCCGUAAUACUUUGGGUAAAGAGAGCCAUGACCAGUAGAGAGUGCAGUGUUUCCCGUUUCAGGUUCAUGCAGCUCUCUUCUGCUGAGGAUAUGACUAGAGACCUUCAUUCAUGGCACGUUUGUACAUUGUAAGAUUGAUUAUUGUCGUCGGUCAGGUCAGCAGCAGUAACCCUUUCAAAUUGUUGAUGGUUUCGCGCCGGAUGAAGCCUCAUGGUGUGUAAUUAUGCCCUCAUCUGCCAUUUGCAUAAAUUGGACUCACUUUGUAUAUUUGGAGUAAAUUGUUACACCAUGACAUCUCAUG